AUGCAACAAAACGGUCCUAAUGGGGACACAUUACCAGCUGCUUUAGAAAUGCAAACCCUGAAUUGGAGUUGCGAACUGGAAAAGCAAGCUAGAAUUGCUUUAAAUGAUGAGUGCCCAAAAGGUGAUCAUGUCGCAGAUUUCGCCAAUGCAGUAAAAGACAAAGCAGGAAUCUUUCAAACGAAAAACGUGGACACCGACAACGAAGAAACAAACUCCAUAACAGAAGUAAUGGAAUCGUUUUUAAACAACAUAAACAAUGAACCACUGACAGAUAUAAGCGCCGGGGUCAAGUAUAGUGGAGAAGCGAACUUAAGAGAAUAUGCUGAUGUAAGCCUUAGCAACUUGCUCACUUCGCUCGAACCAGAGGAAGCAGAACUCAAAAAUUAA